AAGAGGAAAACACGUGUCUCUCCCUGUAUGCGAAUUUAGAAUGCAAUAUUUCUGAAAUAUUCCUGAAAGAUUAAUACAAGAAGACAAUGGAUACAUCGUGCGGUGUAUGGGAUGAUGGUGAUGCUAAAGCACCUGACUUACCUAAUGAGUUGUGGGUACAAAUUUUUAAUAAUUUAUCGCAUGGGGACUUAUUGGAAACGCGUGUGGUGUGCAAACACUGGUACCAACUUGUUUGCACGUCUCAACUAAAGCGUAAAUCAAAAUUAGUUAUUACAAAGCGAAAUUUGAAAGACAUUUUCAACCUAAUGGAAUACAAGGAUUUGAAAUAUGAGCGACUAGAGAUAUAUGGUAAAUGGGAGAAUUUCAGCAGCGAGGAGCGGGAGUUUUUAAUAAAAAUCUUCAAAAAUUUGGAAUCUGAUAUUACUCAGCUGAAACUUUACAGUGCCUCUUUUUUGCCGCUGUUGAACAAUUCUUUGCCGAAUAUGACGGAAUUGGAUUUGUCAUGCAUGCAGCCGUGGGAUAACUUGUCGAUAGACUUCAAGACAUUUUUAAAUGUUAAAUCAAUAUUGAUGCCUCGCAGCCACAGUCGACUAUCUCAAUUGAUGUGGGGGUUGAUCGAAUUACCUGAAAUACGCUUAGAAAGGUUAAGCUUAAAUAUUAAUCCUUAUCGUUUUUGCUUAAAUACGGCUUCUCCGCUUUUUUUCCCUUCUCCCCGUGAAGGGUUGAUUAUGCUCGCAGCGUAUGCAUCCUCAUUGCGUUGGCUCAAAUUUUCUCUUUCCGGACCGCUGGCUGAGGGGCAACGUUAUAUGAAAAAUGUGUUUAAAAAGUUUACUCAACUGGAGGUAUUAGAUAUAACUGAUGUUUGUAACCUAUACACAAGAACUAUGCUACAGAAUCUUUCGGAGCGAAAUCCUCUUAAAGUAAUAGUUUUAAAAAUAUAUUCGGAUGAUUAUGAUUUGCUGGAAUUAAUUCAAAGAAAGUGGUCUAACACUUUAGUACGUGUAGAUUUGACGUGUCACAUGAUUGGAAACGUUGCCACACCAUUAAACUUUACAAGCAGUAAAAUUCGUCGCUUGUUUUUGUUUGCUAAUUCCAUGGAUCCUGAAUAUAUUCUCAAUAGUAUAGCUCCAACUAUCAAUAAAACAUUGACUGUGUUAACGUUGCGCAGCCUAUCCUCGGUCAGACAAUUAGACGGCAAUUUAAUCCAACGUAUACCUUAUUUGAUUGCCCUCGAUUUGGGAACACCUUGUUUAAGGAUAACCGACAAAGAAAUGGAUUGCAUUUUUCGUCAUCUCAUACAUUUACAAUUCCUUGCUCUGGAACCAUGCGAAGGGGAGAAUUAUGACUUUCUUCGCUCCGCAGCUAAUAUUAGUAAUUUAAAACGUCUUCAAACACUUAGAUCAUGUUUUUGUCCUAUCAAGGUUCUUCAGAUUUUAAAUUUAAAUUUUAAAUUUAUGGAAUUGAAACGCCUUUGUAGAAAGUACUGUGAAAGAUGUGGAGGUCUCUAUGUUCCGCCUGACGUCUAUAACACAUAUUUUCCUGCUCUUGAAGAACUAUCUUCGUUCAUGUUCGAAGUCCCCGAUAAGGACGUUGAAGAAAUGCGUAAAAGUUUGCCUCGUAUCCGUAGAUAUGGAGACGAAGAAAUAAUGGUUGAAAUAUUCUAACAAUUUUUUGUUUAGUAUUAGAUUAAUAAUGUGAAAAUAAUUUGUUCAUAAAUAAAUCUGUUUUUUUUUACUCAGAUGCAUCGGUGAUGCCA